GGUGCUGCUUGUGCUUGGUGCCGAGGUUGGAGUUGGCAGCAAGGAAGUGUUGAUAGACUGUCCGUUCUUGUUUUAUUAGAAAAUUCCGCAAAUUUUCAUCGUGUCAUAAGACGAAGGGGCUACUGCCAAUUGAAUGAUGUCACACCUUAACGCAGAGGUCAUAAUAGAGAGACGCCGUCACCGUCACCAGAGACCCUGCAAAAAUGGCAGCCGUCAAACGCGAAAAUAUCCAGGUCUACAUUCGCGUCAGGCCAAUGACUGAAAAUGAGGAGCGACAGAAGCAAAAAGACCACAACCGCAUCGUGGUUGAGGUGAACAAAGCAGACAAAAAUAUCAUUAUUGUGCCUGACCGCAACAACUUGGAGAAAAAGAAAACGUUUGUUUUCAACGAAGUCUUUGGCCCAAACAGACAACAGGCUGAAGUCUUUGAAAAAGUUGCACUUCCCAUGGUGACUCGAGUGCUCGAAGGCUACAACGGCACAAUAUUUGCUUAUGGGCAAACAGGCAGUGGCAAAACCUUCACUAUGGAGGGUGGUUCACAUUCUCUCUGCGAUCAAGAAUCCCUGAAUGGAUUAGUUCCUAGGAUUGUUUGCCAUUUACUUGAAGAGCUCAAGCAGAAAAAUCACAAAAUGACUGUCAGCUAUCUUGAGAUUUACAACGAAGAGCUCAUUGAUUUGUUAUCAUCAGACGAGAACAAGACUAAACUUCGCUUGCUGGAAGACAACACCCAUUCUAGAGGCUCUGUGAUUGUGCAAGGAAUUUCAGAUGUGUUGGUGACACACAAAGAGCAGGUUUUUGACAUAUUGUCAAGAGGCGCAAAAAAGAGACAAACAGCUGCCACCCUCAUGAACGCAACCUCUAGUCGUUCACAUGGAAUCUUCAUGAUCACCAUUCAAAUGUGCGAGUUGACCGAAGCUGGCCAAGACCUGAUCAAAACCGGUAAAAUAAACCUGGUCGACCUUGCUGGCUCCGAGUCAAUCGGCCGUUCAGGUGCCACAAACUUGAGGGCCAAAGAGGCUUGCAACAUCAACCAGAGUCUUUUGACGUUAGGCAGAGUAAUUACAGCCCUUGUUGAGAAAAAGGUGCACGUCCCCUACAGAGAUGCGAAACUUACAAGAUUGCUUCGAGAUUCGUUGGGAGGCAACACUAAGACAGCCAUUGUGGCCACAAUCUCCCCGGUGCUGUCCAACCUUGAGGAGACUCUUAUGACUCUGGAUUACGCUCACAGGGCAAAGAGCAUAGUAAACAGGCCGCAAAUAUGCCUGCGUCCGACCAAGCAGGUGUUGGAUUACGAGCAAAAAAUUGAGCACCUGAGACAGGCUCUGAUAGCCGCACGGGCACGAGCAGGACCUGAUAACAAGGAGCUAGAACAGAUAAUUGAGCAAAAGAACAAGGAGUUACUUGACAAGACCACCAUCAUAAAAUCUCUAGAGGAAAAAGUGAUGAAUUUGACCGACAAGUUGGAGAAAAUGGCUGUCACACUUGCCACUGACAAGGAGCUUACUGAAAAGACCCAAAUAAUAAGAUCGCUUGAGGCCGACAUGAUGAAGAAAGAGGCGUUGGUCAGCAAACUAUCUCUAAAGUUAAAAGAUUUGACGGAAAAGAUGGAAUUAAUGGAGAGAGAAGAUGAGCGCCAGGACUUGGAGCUAAUGGACAAGACUAAGGUCAUAAAAUCUCUAAAAGAAGAAGUGAGAAAUUUGUCUGAAAAGUUAAAUAAAAUGGCUGCCAACCCUGUUGUCACUGAGGGGAAGCCAAAUCAAAAGGAGAUUCCAGACAAGCAUCUGAAUACAGAAGCAGAAGUGAAAUCAACAUCAGAAAAAGUUCUCAGUGUCACCAAGGCAACAACCAGAGAUCUUCAAAAGACUCAUGAGGCCACUUCGAACAAGGAAAAUGUAAAUCAGCAGAGCACUCCACACAAGAUUCCGUUCAACACAAUUGCUUUGGACGAUUCAAGGAUUCGCAGAAUCAAGUUGCAAAAGAAGACGUUCGGACAUUAUGUUGGGGGAAUCGCCAAGUUGGUAUGUGGACAAGGUAACGAGCACCAGUACUCAUUAUAUAACAAGAAGAAAACUAAACUCCCAGAUCACGUAGUUGAGAACAUAAUUGCCAUUGUCAAAUCAUCAUACAAGGACUUCGAGGACUUAGCAGCCACAAUAACCGCAGAUACCAAAGUUGAAAUACCAAAGGACGACACCAAGGACGAGAUAGUGGUAAACAUAAUAAAAAGCAAAAUCGAACGCCACUUAAGAUAUGAAGGGGAUAAAGUUAAACAGAUUAAAAAUCUAGGUAAGCUGCUGAAGGAUCUCGAGGAUUUGCUAUUGAAAGGGCACGCCAUCAAGGACCAUGUCAGAGAAAUCCAAAGGUUGGCUUCCACUAUGAGUGGCACUUGUGGCAGUGAAGUCAUCCCGUUACUCUGGACAAGUGCCAUGUCACAAGAUGAUGAGAACGUGGAGAAGGAGCUGGUUGCCGAGCAGGCCCUGAAGCAUCUGAAGGCUUAUGCCCCUGUCUUUACUGCCUUCACUCAAUCAGCCAAAAGUAAGCAACGUCUUAUGCUAACUGUGCAGGAAUACUGCUUUGCCGACAAACACGUCAAACCGCUGUUCUCAAGCAUCAUCAAAGAACUUUAUGAAUUGGAAGUAUUGUCGGCAGAGGAUAUCAGAAAUUGGUACGAUGGAAGCAAAUCUACCAAGGGGAAGUUGAUGUUUCGAAACCAGAUUAAGACGUUUGUUUAUGGACUCCCAACUGGAAUGGAGGAUUCAGAGUCAGACUAGAAGUUGUUCAGGAUUCAUACUAAUUUUAUAUUUUGACAAUUUGUCACCCAUUUUUUUUUUUAUAAA